AUGUAUAAUGUGUUACAUAAUGUCAGCGCCGUUGUUGACAUUAAUACAACAUCGGGUGUCGUACGCGGACAGACCAUUCAUAUACAGACUAAACUAUUGGACGCUAAGAUUGAUCAAUGGUUAGGCAUACCAUAUGCCGAACCACCUGUCGGUGACCUAAGGUUUACAUAUCCGGUGCCAUACAAACACAGUAUAGAUGUGAUCGACGCUACCAAAGCCAUGAGCUCAUGUAUGCAAACAUUUUCUGAAAGUUCACGCAAUCUGUAUGGAAACCUGACGUUCAGCGAGGACUGUCUGUUUGUUAACAUAUGGAGACAGACACCCCAAACAUCACAAAAACAUCAGGCGCUAAGUUAUACUAACAGAUCGUGUAAUCUGAAACCGGUUAUGUUUUGGAUACACGGAGGCGGACUAAAAUCUGGUUCAAUAUUUGGCAAAAUAUAUAAUGGUUCGGCACUGGCAGCACAGGGAGUAGUGAUAGUAUCAGUUAAUUAUCGAUUGGGACCGUUAGGUUUUAUGUUUGGUGACAGUGAUCAGGCACCGGGUAAUGUCGGUUUCUAUGAUCAACUGUUGGCCAUGAAAUGGGUCAAUGAUAACAUACACCGGUUUGGUGGCGACAGAGAUCGGGUAACAAUUUUCGGACAGUCAUCCGGCAGUUCAUCAGUUAUGCUGCACAUACUGUCGCCGAAGUCAAAAGGAUUGUUUCGCAGAGCUAUUAUGGAAAGCGGAUCGUUUAUGUACAACAAGGACAGGGAUGUAGUCAGCAAACAGGAGUCGCUGCGAAAAUCUCAUGAAUUAGCCGUUUUGUUCAAUUGUUUAGAUCCUAACCAAUGGAUACAGUGUUUGCGUCGGGUGUCGGCCCAGGAG